AUUGGCUAUUGUAUCACCGUCUACCAUGAUCGGACGUGUUAUUGCGUCAUCAUUUUUGGAAAGUGAGACCGGCUUCAAACGCGCAACUGAGUUUGUAUUGCUUUUUUAGACUUUCGUAUUCCUCAUAUUGUUUUUUGUUACUCACAUAAGUGCCGCAGAUACUUAGUAUUUCCAACCUGUCUGGUUGCGGAGCCAAUAAAAAGAAGAAGAAGAGAGGAGGCCACGUGUUUAUAUUGUUAUAGUCGUUGCGUUUGUUGUAACGCUUCUGAAAUAUAGAGGAAAUACGGAUAUUUUUAACGAAAAUUACAGUUUAUAAGAAUUUUUAAAGUUAAGAAAAGCGCUCACGACGUUACUUAGCAACUAUGUCAAUCGGAGUUCCUAUUAAAGUGCUUCACGAAGCUGAGGGCCACAUCAUAACCUGUGAGACGAAUACCGGCGAGGUGUAUCGGGGCAAAUUGAUAGAAGCCGAGGACAAUAUGAAUUGUCAGAUGCAAAAUAUCACAGUGACGUAUCGGGAUGGCCAAGUGGGACAGCUGGAGAAUGUAUACAUUCGCGGCUCGAAAAUUAGAUUUCUCAUAUUACCAGAUAUGUUGAAGAACGCACCGAUGUUCAAACGACCUGGUGGCAAAGGAUCGGGCACAGCCGGUAGAGGAAAGUCCGCAAUAUUACGAGCUCAAGCUCGUGGCAGAGGAAGAGGACAAAACCAAAGAGGCAAAGGUACUGGUUCGGCACCUUGGCUGAAUCAACAGAAUCAACCUGGAUCUCAACCUGGAAGAGGCAGAGGAUAAAUUAUCAUUUUUAAGCAAUAUAUUUCUGUAUUCAAAAUUGUAAUUUAUAUUUUCAAUGUGUAUGUAAGAUUAAUAAUUAAUUUUAGUAUUGCAUUACAUGUUUGCUGAACUUA